AAGAACGCUACAUUCUCUAACCGUCUCUCUUUAAGUUAUAUCAAAAAAGAACAACAACAAACAACGAACAAAAUAAAUUACUUGCAUAGAAGAAAAAAUGUAGUUGUAAAAACGCGCGGAAAAGUAAUCACCGAGAAGACCAAACAAUACAAAACAUACAACAAGGAAAUCUCCAAACAUUUGCCUUAAAAUUUUUGAUAAAAACUUUAUACAAAAUAGCCGCGGUCCGGCGGAACAUUUCCUCCAAUCCAAUCUCCUAACAAAACGAAGACGAGACAACGGUGAUUGUUGGUUGGCUUGACACGGGUAGGUUACGUGCGGUUAGAAGCGAGGCAGGUCAGGCGAAAGAGAAAUACAUUAGCAAACAACCGACCGACCGAUGGAAAUAAAAUAACAAUGAGUGAAUAGUGUAAUGGAAGGAAAAUUUUUUUCCCCUUUUCAGAUUUGGGCGGAAAAAUAUUCUGGCGACAACGGCAAAUACUUCUUUGUGAAAAAUCCUACGCAAGUUUUCAGCCAUUGCCAUCAAACGCUUGGUGAUAAAGAUUAACUUGACGGACGCUAAUAGAACGGAAACGGUAAACAGUAUCAAGGCAGCCCUUCUAUUGCUACGGAACUAUUAUCGUUGUGGCGACGGUCAACAGUUUUUCUCAUCUAUAUGUUUGAUGCAUUGUUGUGAUUGAUAUUUUUAUGAUUGACUUCCGACAAAUUCUCUAGACGGUUUUUGCAUCUAGUGGUGUGGUGGUGGUAUUUAUCUCUACUCAACCGUAAAUUGCAUAGACAAAAUGGUGCGCCGACGUACGCGCGCCUGUGCCAAUUCUAAGGCGCCUGUUGAACUUAUGACAAAUGGUGGAUCUGCUGCAGCUGCCUUGGCCAAUGCCGCCCAACUGCUAGAAGAACAAUAUUUUGCUAGCCCCAAGAGGAAAGAUUGUAAAGUGGAGGAAUCAGCUUGUGAUGAAGGAGGUCGUAGCAGUGCCAGCUCAUCUCCGACGAACAUUCAGACCGAAGAUGCUAAUGCUCACAGAACUAAACAUAAAUCCAUCAGUCCCAAUAAAGUAAAGGGUGGCAUAAAUGGGCGCACAAUUGGUGUCCCUCUUGCAACUCGCUCCCAAACACGUACCAUUGAAAACUUCUUUAAAGCUAAUGCUGCCAAACAGAAUAAAAUCACCAAUUACAUGAAUGGUCAUGACGAUUCUAUAAACUCCACGGAUACACCAAAAACAAUACAACAGCCAACAUUGUCUGCAUCCGUGACGCCGCCACAAAUGACACAGCAACAACAACAGCAUAUUGAACAACAAAAACGACAAAUUAAUGGCGACCAUAACUACCAGCAGCAGCAACAUUUGCCACCAGUUAUAAGUCGACGCAGUUUGGAUCACAUUGUUGUGCCACAAGAAUUUAUAUUUGAUCUAAGUGAGGACACGAACGAUAGCGAACACACCGAUAUAUCGGACGAGGCCGCAAUGUUGCACUCAGGGAAUGACGACGAUUGUGCAGGACAUAUGACAAAUGGCCUUGAUUUUACCACACACCGUUCAUCACAACGUUCCGAUAGUCAUUCAUCGUCACACAGUAGUUCAAACACCAGUGGAACAGACAACAUAUUCCUGCAGGAGCCAGUCUUGACGCUCAAUGUGGAUAAGUCGCCAAAUCAAGCCUCGUCCAUAGUAAUAAACAAAACGCUCGAAGUACAACCAAAAUUCUCUUCACCAAAUCAAGUAAACAAAUCACUAGAAGUUCAAGCGAAAUUUCCUUCGCCAACAACUUUAUCUGCCUCUGUCCUACAUGGACGUUUCAAUCAAAUUGUGUCGUUAAAUGCAUCACCGACAAAAGAUCCACCUGGUAGCUAUGAAAAGAAAUCCAUGGAAUUGAGUUGUCAUGAUUAUGCUUUACUAAUGAUGCCUGAAAAUGACAAUAGUUCCUGCGACAGUGGUGUGGCCUUCCACACCACCGUCACAACAACACCACAAUGCAAUGGUACUUCCAAUACCGAGGGACCAGUCGAUGGUCCAAUCAAUCAGUCAGUAGCAUCAGCAAUAGCUUCUCCAGCAGUAGCGGCAACAAACCGCAGGCGUAAACCAGCAACACCUCAUCGCAUUGUCUGCUGCCCCUCACCUAUUAAAUCACAGCCAAGAGUUAAUUCCCCGGCCGGUUCUCCAUCGCCACGUAAAAUGGCUUCGGCUCUCUCACCUCGCAAGUCACAAAGACACGUAACUACUACCGCCAUGGCAGCUGCCGGCGGUGGAGCUGCUGUUGUAACGGCACCCAACAAAACUAGACGAAGACUGAAUCAAUCGCCUCCUAAAGAACAAAAAUCUGCCUUAGACGCUGAAACUAAUCGACAGGAUGAUGAACCUGUUGUUGUUAUUGUCGAUGAUGACGUUGAAGUCGAAGACGAUCAUGAUGUAGAAUGUGAAAAUAUGGCCACAAAUACAGUCGAUAUGAAGUUAAGCACGCCCCCGCCUCCAUCUCUUAUGAAUGGUGGUAGUGCGUCCAAGUCCAUAUUAAAUUCAGCAAAACAUCCAACAAAUCAGCAAAAUGCCACCAACAACAAAGGUAAAUCCACAAAAGCCCAUCACAAAACCAAAUACACCGUUCAGAGGCCUCAGCACACAGCUCUCAAACACCAAGCGCCUCAGCCCUUGGCGGCCACAAAUGGCAACCGUGAAAUUACCGACUGCUUCCCCGUACGACGAAGUGUGCGCAAAACAAAAACUGCCGUCAAGGAGGAAAUGAUGCGCAAUCUGGAACAGGCCAUACUUGAAGAACGCUGUGAAGGUCUUAAAAUCGCCUACUUUGAGGGCAAGGGACGUGGCAUUAUUUCCGAAAGGCGUUUCCAACGUGGCGAAUUCGUAAUCGAAUAUGUGGGUGAUCUCAUCUCGACCGCUGAGGCAGCGGAACGUGAAAAACGCUAUGCCUUAGAUGAAAACGCAGGCUGUUAUAUGUACUAUUUUAAGCACAAAAAUCAGCAGUAUUGCAUAGAUGCCACCGAAGACACUGGAAAGCUGGGGCGUCUGGUAAAUCAUUCUCGCAACGGCAACCUGGUAACCAAGAUUGUGGUGGUCAAACAGAAACCUCAUUUAGUUUUAAUAGCCAAAGAUGAUAUUGAGGCAGGAGAGGAACUGUGUUACGAUUACGGUGAUCGUUCAAAAGAAUCAUUGUUACAUCAUCCGUGGUUGGCUUUUUAGGAGAUAGUAAGAUGUCGAUGACAAAAUCAACAACAACAUUUAUUGUUAAAACAUUUACAUUUAGGCGCAGAUAAACCAAUAAGCAAGACACAAUAACAUUAUUCGCUCCUUUUGUUUCGCUCAUUGUUUCUUUUGUAAGAAAGUUCUUAGAACUUGAAAAAAAAAACAACAACCUCAAGCAACCACACCACCAUCCCCCUCACAUAACAUUACAUGCGUAUAUACAGCGAUUUUUUAUUUUUAAUAUUUAGUAUUGAACUAGGAGAAUAUUUUAUUUAAAAUCUAAAAAGUAGAACACACACACACACAAAACCACAAACAUUCAACAUUUAAAUGUUUUAAAUAGUCGUAUUUUUUCUCUUUUAAGUUCAUACAGACAAGCUACAAUGUGGGUAUUUUUUACCUUUUGCAGCUAUUAUAAAUCAAUUGUACCCUGCCUAUCUACUAUCUAGCAUGUUAGCUAGCUAGCGAUCACCAUGUUAUCAAAGAAAUUGUAUUUAUUUUAAAUGGGAUACUUAAAAUACCUUUUUGCCGAAUAUUGAAUAAUUUUGAAAUGAUUUUAUGCGACUGGUGUAAAAUGAAAACUUUUUUGUAUUUGAUUUGAUUCAAAUCGAAUAACAUUUGAAAAUCGUAUAGAUUAAAUUAUUUCAAUAUUUUUUUUAGAAGAGAUUGAGACUUAAAUUUUAUAUUUGUAAUAAUGAAGAAGGUGGAGAGUAUAAUAUCGACCAAAUCAUUAAAAAAGACUAGAAAAAUUAUUUAGUGAAAAAAUUUCAAUUUUUAAUUCAAAGCGAUUUUCAUUGGGAAACAUUGGUUGUAUUUUCUCUCGGUUCUCUUAACAGGUUAAUUAUGUAUGGGCUAUGGGCUAGGUUCCUGUCGAUUUCUUUGGCAUGAAAAGUUUAUUACCCUUUUUUUAUAAAUAUCGGGAGAGAUUUCUGAAUUGCCGGCACAUAAUCAGGUAAUAUCCUGUGACAUGUUGACUAUGGGAAAACAUAUUCCCCUGUUAAAUCUUCUUGUUUGAUCGUGCCCUUGUACAAACUACAAACCAUGUCGUUUUACCUUUUUCUCAGACACUGUUGAAAAUAGCAGAUAUUGUUGAAUUGAAAAAUUGUGAUUUAGUAUCAUAAUGUAUAUUUUGAUGCCCAAAUACGACUGAAACUUGAUCAGAUCAGAUUUAUCUUAGCUUAAGUUUUAAGAGUUUAUUCUUGCUGAAAAUCGCUUACAUUGCAUUCUUAACGUUCAUACGUUCUUUUUCUUUGCAAAAUUUCCUUAAGCUCAUUUUCAUUUCCUUUCCCACGCAUUCAGCAGCCAGUAGUCAAAGUCUCCAAUGUUAUUUAUAUUUUUGCAAGUAAAAAAAAGUUUUUUUUAUUUAAAAUACAUUUAUGCAAAAAUGGUUCUCUUUUAAGAUGCCUAAGAAAGAAAAUAAAAUCAAAUCUUAAAUAUAAAAGAAUUGAAUUUGAAAACAAAAAACUGUCUUAUGUUGUAUGACAAAAGCGAAAUGCAACAGAACAUAAACAUAUAUUAACUCUUAGAUUUAUAGCCUCAGAAAGAAAACCACUGAAGUUAAAAUAAGCAACUUUACGUUUACAUAGGAAAAGUAUAUAUUUAAUUGUUAAUACAAUAUAAAAUAUAAACGAAAGUAAAAAUACAUUUUCGCAACAUAGGUUAAGACUAAAUUUAUAACAAAAAAAGAAAACAAAACAACUCAAAUUAAGGUUUAUAUUCAUUUUUGUAGAGCUAAUUUAAUGGUUAAAUAUUUGUUUCAUCACAAGCAAGUUGGAAAGAAAAACAAAAAAUUAAUCUUAUUAUAUAACUGCAAUUGAGAAGCAGCUCUAACAAUGAGUGCUAUCUACCCCACUAUUCUGCCCCCCUCACCCACCCCAUAAAAUUGUUGGUCUGGUACCUUUGUUUCCAAUACAAACAUAAUUCUUCCUUUUAAUGUUAAGUUUUAAUCAAUGCACUAUCAUCUGGUCCCCAAUUAGAAAUAGAAAUUAAGUAAAUAUACUUUUUAUAUUUCAUAAAUUUAGUUCAACCUUCUUGAACAUUCUUCUGCCACCAUCAUCCUUUUUUCUUUUUCACAAAAUUCCCCACAGCCCACAUAAACAACAAGUUUUAAUGUACAAUAAACUCAAAUAUUUUUUUAUGAUUACCCAUUAGUAGCUUAAGUUAUUACAAAACAAUUAUAAAUUUCAUUAAUUUUUCCUCUUUAAUUUAUUACUCUUCAGUUUGUAACUUACUUUUUAUUAUGAAUAAAAAAAUGACAUCCAUUUACCAUUAAUUUAUAUAAACACAUUAUUCUCUCUUUUAACGUGUACAAACAAACAAACA